AUGGCCAGAUGGCAGCAGAUGCAAUCUCACAAUACUCCUGUGUGUCUUCAGACAAGGUCUUUCACCGUGGUUUGUGGUGGGGGAGAAGUAGGGCUGAGGGGGAAUCAGGCAGGGAGAGUGUUUACUCAGUGUGGCUCUUCUGAAAGGAUACAGACUCCAGAAGAUGUCGCAUCUCAAUAUAUUGUUUUAUUUUUAUUCCAUUCACCAGAAUUCAAGACCACCCAGGAGGAUGCAGCCCAUCCUAAGUCCUCUGGCGUGGUCCCUCCUGGUGGUGAGGCAGCUGAACAAGAAUCUUCUGCCUCAUCCUACUACACCUGUUUCUCGUCCUUAUCUGAGAUCAUUCAGGAUAAUGAGGAUGAAUUCAAGACCACCCAGGAGGAUGCAGCCCAUCCUAAGUCCUCUGGCGUGGUCCCUCCUGGUGGUGAGGCAGCUGAACAAGAAUCUUCUGCCUCAUCCUACUACACCUGUUUCUCGUCCUUAUCUGAGAUCAUUCAGGAUAAUGAGGAUGAAUUCAAGACCACCCAGGAGGAUGCAGCCCAUCCUAAGUCCUCUGGCGUGGUCCCUCCUGGUGGUGAGGCAGCUGAACAAGAAUCUUCUGCCUCAUCCUACUACACCUGUUUCUCGUCCUUAUCUGAGAUCAUUCAGGAUAAUGAGGAUGAAUUCAAGACCACCCAGGAGGAUGCAGCCCAUCCUAAGUCCUCUGGCGUGGUCCCUCCUGGUGGUGAGGCAGCUGAACAAGAAUCUUCUGCCUCAUCCUACUACACCUGUUUCUCGUCCUUAUCUGAGAUCAUUCAGGAUAAUGAGGAUGGAGCUCUUCAAACAGACCAGCUUGUUUCUUAUUCCAAGAAAUGUGAGACUUCCUCACACUUUCUAUAUAGCUCCUUUACUUUGCAACUGGCUAAUGAUCCUAAGCCUUCUGUGUCCUCUGCAAACACAGAAGAGGAAACAUUCAUGAAUGUCUACUAUAUGAAUGUAAGAACAAAAAGGGGCGUGGCUGUCCUCAAUGAUGAGCAAGAAAGCCUGGAGCCUCCCACCAAAAAAACAAAAAAAGAAAAAAAGACCUUUUCUGAUCUCCAGGGAGCAGUCACCCCCUCUUGCACUACUAAGGAGCCACCAACUUGCAGUGCAUCCAGGCAGACAGUAGAAGAGCAGGAGAAAGGGAAGGAGGCUGACAGCCCACCAGUGCCUCCAGCUGCCGAGGAAUAUCCCAGGGCCAAGACGCCUGAAUGGCUCGUGGCCCUGGAUAGUGGCUUCAGGUGCAUGGCCUGCUGCCGGGUCUUUCCCAGCUUGGAGGUCCUCCAGGAACACGUGAAGGAUGGAGUCCGUGAGGGCUUCAGCUGCCAUACUUUCCAUCUGACCUUGACUUUGCUGAAGAGAAAGAAGGGUAGAGAAGGAAAAGAGUAG